AAUGGCAAGCAUUUGAAUUCAUUUUCACAAUCAAAAGCAAACCGAUCUAGCUCAUCAUCUCAAAACAACCAACUUUAUAGAAGACCCUAAUUAACUCUACUAGCUAAUCCCACACUAGCAAUGGCCUCUUCUCAGCUCUUCGUUAUCCUUGCCAUCCUAGCCAUUUUCGCCCCUUCAAUCCUGGCUACAGAUUACAUCGUUGGUGACGAGAAAGGUUGGACUACUAACUUCGAUUACCAGGCUUGGGCUCAGGGAAAGAUGUUCGUUGUUGGCGACAACCUUGUAUUCAAUUACCCCAAAGGAGUCCACAACGUAAACAAAGUGAACGGCACCGGGUUUCAACAGUGUGCAGCUCCUGUCGGCGCUGCGCCAUUAACAAGUGGUAAUGAUGUGAUCCACCUUGCAACCCCAGGAAGAAAAUGGUACAUUUGUGGUGUUGCUAAGCAUUGUGCUGAUGGGGGACAGAAGCUCGUCAUCACUGUCAUGCCAUCGACUGCUCCAAGCCCUAGCCCCGUUGCUGCUAGCCCAAGCUCCCUCUCUGCAUCAUCCGCUGCUCCUAGCCCUAGCCCCACCGCAGGAUGCAGCUAGUAGUACUGUUAAUGCAACGAAGUAUAGGCAGCUGGUGAUUACUUUCGGAUAUUGUUCUUGAGUAUUUGGUUUUUCCAGUCAAUAAUAAGUAUUAGCAAUUUUGUGAUA